UGAGUGUGUGCGCACACACAUGCACUUCUGUUUGUGAGAAGUAGAAAAGAGGAAAUGCUUUCAGCGAGAGACUACAGUGGGUUCACUGUGGAGACACAGAAGCUUGUCCGCUUGUGUGACCAGGAUGCCUUCAUACACUGUGACUGUUGCCACGGGCUCUCAGUGGUUUGCUGGCACUGAUGACUACAUCUACUUGACCCUGGUGGGGACGGAGUGCAGCAGUGAGAGAACACUUCUGGAUAAACCACUAUAUAAUGACUUUGAACGAGGCGCGGUGGACUCAUAUGAUGUCAAAGUGGCAGAGGACCUUGGUGACUUAGAGCUUCUGAAGAUCGAGAAGAAAAAGUACUGGAUGCAAGAUGACUGGUAUUGUAAAUACAUUACAGUGAAGACACCCAUUGGAGAUUACAUUGAGUUCCCCUGUUUUCGCUGGGUAGUGGACGAUAAAGAGGUGAUACUUCGAGAUGGCAGAGCUCGCCUGCCUCAGCAUGACAAAACCAGAGUGGCAAAACAACACAGACGCAAGGAGCUGGAAAACAGACAGAAGACUUUUAGAUGGAAGGAAUGGCAUCCUGGCUUUCCCAUGAGCAUUGAUGCAAAAACCCAUAAAGAGCUACCACGUGACAUCCAGUUUGACAGUGAGAAAGGCAUAGAUUUCGCCCUCAACUACAGUAAAGCGAUAGAGAACCUCUGUGUUAACCAGUUUAUGCACAUGUUCCAGUCCUCUUGGGGAGAUUUUGCAGAUUUUGAGCGGAUAUUUGUGAGGAUCAAGAACACAAUAUCAGAGUAUGUGAUGCAGCACUGGAAAGAAGACUUCAUGUUCGGAUAUCAGUUCCUAAAUGGCUGUAAUCCUGUCAUGAUCGAGAAGUGUACAAAAAUACCAGAUAAUUUUCCAGUCACACAUGAAAUGGUGAAAGACUGCUUGGAAAGAGACCUCACUCUAGAAGAUGAACUUAAGGCAGGAAACCUGUUCAUUGCAGAUUAUAAGAUUAUGGAUGACAUCACGCCUAAUGCUACAGAUCCUUGUACCCUGCAGUAUUUAGCUGCACCCAUUUGCUUGCUGUACAAGAACAGUCAGAACAAAAUUCUGCCAAUCGCCAUACAGCUGAGUCAAACCCCAGGGGAAGACAGCCCAAUCUUUCUGCCUAGUGAUAAUGAGUAUGACUGGCUGCUGGCCAAGAUCUGGGUGAAAUCUUCAGACUUUCAUGUGCACCAGACAGUCACACACCUCCUGAGGACUCAUUUGAUAUCAGAGGUUUUUGGCAUUGCUAUGUACCGACAGUUGCCUGCUGUUCAUCCAGUGUAUAAGUUGCUGGUGCCACAUGUUCGUUUCACAAUUGCCAUCAAUACAAAAGCACGCGAGCAACUUAUCUGCGAAUGUGGAAUCUUUGACAAGGCUAAUGGUACAGGUGGAGGUGGCCAUGCAGAGCUAGUGCAGAAAGCCAUGAAGACGUUCACCUAUAAGUCCUUGUGCUUUCCGGAGUCCAUAAAGGCUCGAGGCAUGGACAGCAAGGAGGAGCUUCCCUACUACUACUACAGAGAUGAUGGCAACAAAGUGUGGGAGGUAAUCAAAAGUUUUGUCACAGAUGUGGUGCACAUAUACUAUGAUAGUGACAAAACGGUACUGGAGGAUGAGGAGAUACAGGCAUUCGUCAAAGAUGUCUGCAGCUUUGGAAUGCAGGAUUUUGACUAUUGUGAGUUUCCGAAAUCAUUGCAGAACCGAGAGCAGCUGGUGGAGUACCUGACUGUUAUAAUCUUCACAGCUUCUGCACAACAUGCUGCCAUCAACUUUGGACAGUAUGACUGGUGUUCAUGGAUCCCCAACGCUCCCCCCACUAUGCGAAAACCCCCGCCUACAAAGAAGGGCCAGGUGGAUAUAGAAUUCAUCGUGACUAGUUUGCCUGACCGUGGUCGCUCCUGCUGGCAUCUCGGAGCAGUGUGGGCUCUUAGUCAGUUCCAGGACAAUGAGUUGUUCUUAGGCAUGUAUGCUGAUGAACACUUCAUUGACAAACCGGUGAAGAAAGCCAUGGAGACUUUCCGGGAAAAGCUGGAUGAGCUGUCCAAAGCCAUCAAAAAUCGCAACGAGGGGAAGAAACUCCCCUACUACUACCUGUCUCCAGACAGAAUCCCAAACAGUGUUGCUGUCUGAGUCUGCAUACGUGGAGGGUUUGCAGGGGUGGUGAAGGAAAAGAGCAUUUCCUGCACCAUUUAUGUCGUAUGCUUCUUUCUGCCACAGAUUCUUUGUUAAAGAACAUACUGUAUACUGUAAUAGAGUUAAGGUUUUGCAUUAUAUAUGUAAUACAAUUAUGAUUUUCCAGUCUUGCAAUACUAUGAUUAGGUGAUUGGAUUAAAUAUAGAUUUGCUUUUCCACUUGUUGCACUUUUGUCAUAAUAACUUGGAAUAAAUAGUAAUAUCUCUUGAAAA